CGCCGCUCCUCCUCCGUGUCAGUUGUUGGGCUGUAAUGGCGACUGGGCCGCCGCUGCCGAAGUGACUCCCGGGCGGGGGAGCCGGGCCAGACCUGCGCCAGAGGGAACUGCAGAGAGCCGCAGCUCAGGGGGUGGCUUGCUGUGGGGGAGGGGAGGCAGCCUUUCUGCCUCUCCUUCCUUCUCUGCAGACCGGCGGAUCCCGGGAGCCGGUGCGAGGCGGGCAGCCGGCGCGUCCCCGGAGCGGGGAGGCCAGGCCGGGCAGCCCUGGGGCCGGUCGGGGCGGCGUCACUGCACCCUCCGCCAGACCCCGCGGGAUGCACCGUAGGGGCCGGGGGCGGAGGCGACACUCUCAGGUAAAUUGGCAGGAUGAGGAGCAGCAAAUCAAAAGAGGUGCCUUUACCAAAUCCAAGGAACUCUCAAAGCACGGAUACUAUUCAAGCAGAUAUAACCGCACCAUGGGAUGCACUUUCUCAGACCAAGGCUGCUUUGAGACACAUUGAAAACAAAUUGGAAGUAGCCCCUACAAGUACAGCUGUGUUUGAUUCUGUCAUGGAUACCAAGAAAUCUUCUGCAAGUGCUACCAGAAAAAUUAGUAGAAAAGAUGGUAGAUACCUAGAUGAUUCUUGGGUUAAUGCUCCAGCCUCCAAAUUUUCUAAAUCACGAAAAGAGAAAUCUCGUAGUCCUCUCAGAGCUACCACCCUGGAGAGUAAUGUAAAAAAAAUUAAUCGUGUGGAGUUUCGUGACCCUUUGGUUUCUUACAGGGAAGUCCAUGGCACACCAUCCAGUAUAAGCCCCAGCCAUUUAGAGUCAAAGCACGUAUAUUGUGUGGAUGUUAAUGAAGAGAAGCCUGAGAGUGGGAACCGGUUGAUGUGCAGUCAAGAAGAUCGGAAUAUACUUUGCUGUGAUUUUGAGAGCUCCCAAUCAUCUGCCGUUGAUGAUACAGUUGUUAGGUUUUUAAACGAUCGACCAACAAUUGAUGCAUUGCAAAAUUCUGAAUGUUUGAUUAAGGUGGCAGCUGCUGUGAGGAGUGAUGAAGAAAAACCUAAUAGAACAAAAGGAAAUGAGAACACUUUGAAGUCUUCUGUGUGUACCAUGGGCCAUAAUAUUGAUUCAAAAGUGUUACGGUUAACUGACUCUUCUCCGUCUUCUACUAGUACUUGUAAUUCCCAAAGAUUAGAUAUCCUAAAGCGACGACAACAUGAUGUCAAACUGGAAAAACUCAAGGAGCGGAUUAGAAAACAGUGGGAACACUCAGAAGAAACAAAUGGCCAGGGCCAGAAUCUGGGUCAUAUUGACCAUCCGGUAAUGGUUGUUAAUGUUGAUAGCUCAGUGACAGCGAAAGUCAGGAAAGUGGCAACAGCACCACCUGCUCCAACAUAUAAAGGCUUCAAUCCUUCAGAGACCAAGAUUCGAACACCUGAUGGGAAAGUGUGGCAGGAGGCUGAGUUUCAAAACAUGAGUAGAGAACUGUAUCGUGACUUAGCACUUCACUUUGCAGAUGAUAACUCUAUGAAAGAAAAACCAGCUGAAAAAAGUAAAGAGAAGAAAGUGGUCAAGCCAGUACGAAAAGUCCAAAAGGUAGCACAGUUAUCAAGUUCAGAAUGCAAAACAGGUAGCAGUCAUCUGAUUAGUACAUCUUCUUGGCGAGAUGGACAAAAAUUAGUAAAGAAAAUUCUUGGUCCUGCACCUAGAAUAGAGCAAAAAGAGCGAAGAGCAGCAUCAAGUGACAGAAGUGGAAGAGAAAGAACUACUAAAUCUGGGGGCCAUAUUGGAAGAGCAGAGUCGGAUCCUAGAUUGGAUGUUUCACAUAGACAUCGUCCACGAAACUCAGAACGUUCAAGAAGUAGAGCUCGGUCAGAAAAUAAUGUAAAGAAAUUAGUUCCAUCUCUUCCAGAUAAUAAACAGGAGGAAAAUGCUGCCUUAAAUAAGGACUUUUUACCUGUUGAAAUUCGUGGAAUUCUUGAUGACCUCCAGUUGGAUUCAGCAGCUCAGACUGCAAGACAAGAGACAGGAGAGUUACAGAAUCAGAAGUCAUCAGCAUCCAUACAAGCUCCUAGAAGUCAUAGCCCAAUAAAAAGAAAACCUGACAAAAUAACAGCUAAUGAAGAUCCCCCUGUUAUUUCUAAAAAGCGUCACUAUGAUACAGAUGAGGUACGACAGUACAUUGUUAGACAGCAGGAAGAAAGGAAGAGGAAACAGAAUGAGGAGAAGAAGGCCCAAAAGGAGGCCACUGAGCAGAAGAACAAACGAUUACAGGAGCUCUACCGGAAACAGAAAGAAGCCUUUACUAAAGUGAAAAAUGUGCCUCCUUCUGAGCCAUCAGCAACUAGGCGACUGCAAGAAACUUACUCCAAAUUGCUUCUAGAAAAGUCAUUGCUUGAAGAGCCAACUCAUCAACAUAUUAUGCAGGAAACACAGACCAGACCAGGGUAUCAGCCAUCUGGAGAAUCUGACAAAGAGAACAAAGUGCAAGAACGUCCCCCAAGCGCAUCUUCCAGUAGUGACAUGUCUCUGUCAGAACCUCCACAGCCUCUUGCCAGAAAGGACUUGAUGGAUCCUUCAUGGAUGCAGCCUGACAGACUAAGUCCACGACUCCACCAUCCUCAACCACAGCCUCUUGUUGGGACAGCUGGAAAUUUACUUUCCCAUCUCUUGAAUCUAGAGCAUGUAGGAAUUUUGCAUAAGGAUUUAGAAUCCAUUUUACCAACGAGGAAGAAUCAUAAUAUGGCUUCGGGGCCGUUAACUUUUACACCUCAACCAUAUCUGACCUCACCAACUGCUCAUCCAGAUGCCUUGUUAAAAUCUAGUGCUAGCCAAUAUAAAAGUAAACUGGAUCGUAUUGAAGCCUUGAAAGCAACAGCUGCUUCUUUAUCCAGCAGGAUUGAAAGUGAAGCCAGAAAAUUAGCUGGGGCUAACAUUAACUAUGGGUCAGUAUGGAACACUGAGUGUGAUGUGCAGCGAACACCACAAGAAGAUGGACAUUGGACCAAGGCUAUAAGUCCACCUGUGAAAGAGGAUGCAGAAGAUGUUUUCUCUGCUCGAAUUCAAAAGAUGCUGGGAACCUGUGUAUCUCAUGCAACUUUUGAUGAUGAUCUUCCUGGUGUAGGCAACCUCAGUGAAUUUAAAAAGCUUCCUGAAAUGAUAAGACCUCAUAGUGCCAUAUCAAACCUCAGAAUGAGAUCUCCUGGACCCAAACCAGAAGGGCUGCUAGCGCAGUUGUGUAAGAGGCAGACCGACUCUUCUGGCUCUGAUAUGCAAGUUUGUUCUCAAGACAAAGCCAAGAUGUCUCUUGGUUCCAGCAUAGAUUCCGUCAGUGAAGGGCCUCUUCUUAGUGAGGGCAGUCUCUCUGAAGAAGAAGGACAUCGAGAUGAACAGUCCCCUUUGAAGUUAACAGAGAUCUUGAAAGAAAAGGAAUUUUGUGCUGGAGAAAGAAAUGCUUAUGAACCCAUCAAAGAGUUUCAGAAGGAAGCUGAAAAAUUCUUACCACUCUUUGGGCCUAUAGGUGGUACACAAACCAAAGGACCAUGGGAAGAAUUGGCAAAGGGAAGUCCACAUAGUGUCAUUAAUAUUUUUACAAAAUCAUAUAAGUUAUACGGAAAAGAAUUUGAAGACAGGUUGGAAAGAGGAACAUCAGCAUCACGGCCUUUGAAUGCCAUCACAAGCCCUUUAAGCAGCGUUUCCUAUGAAGAUGAUUUUGUCUCCUCUGCAGGGAGUGGGACUUUGACAGAAAGAAAGUCAGCUCUUGAACCCAAUAUUGGGAGUCACAGUUUAGGUGUUCAGGAGGAUCAUUCUAGCAGAAAGUCUGCCUAUGAUCUCUCCUCUGUGGAUGUUACUUCCCAGCACUCAUCAGGGGCCCAGUCUGCUGCAUCAUCUCCUUCUUCUUCUUCUUCUAAAGGGAAGAAAGGAAAAAAAGAAAAGAUAGAAUGGCUAGAUUCACUUACUGGAAAUAUUCAGAACUCACUUGUUGAUGAAGAAAAAGUACACUCUGGUUCAGAGCGUGGCUCUCAUCAAGGAAAGAAAUCUGGGACCAGUAGCAAACUUUCUGUUAAAGAUUAUGAGCAGACUCUUGAUACUGAUAGCACUUUGGAAGAAAUUUCUGGGCAUUCUUUGAGUGUCUCAUCAGAUAAGGGAAGAUCUCAGAAAACUCCAACUUCUCCCAUAUCUCCAAGUCCUCAGAAACUGUUGCAGUUUGACCUUCCAGGAACUUCAUUAGAAAGAUCUAAAUCCUCAAUAGUAGUGACUCCAACAGGGUUUAAGCCUAAUGCAACUUUUGCUGAUGCGAACCUGGCUGCCAGCAGAACGACGACAGAGAUGGCGUCAACACCAGGUUCUAAGCGCUUUUCUCCUGCUGGCCUCCAGCAUCGGAUGGCAGCAGAACUCAGUUACUUGAGUGCCAUUGAGGAGUCGGUGCGUCAACUAUCAGAUGUAGAAAGAGUUAGAGGAGUUUCACUUGCUCAACAGGAGAGCGUGUCUCUGGCUCAGAUCAUAAAGGCACAGCAACAACGCCAUGAAAGAGACUUGGCCCUUUUGAAGUUGAAGGCUGAACAAGAGGCUCUGGAAUGUCAGCGACAAUUAGAAGAAACCCGAAGCAAAGCAGCUCAGGUCCAUGCGGAAUCAUUACAGCAGGUGGUUAAGUCACAACGGGAUUUGACUGAAGUCCUGCAGGAAGCAACAUGUAAAAUAGCCACUCAGCAAACAGAGACCGCUCGCCUGACCACAAAUGCAGCACGCCAGAUCUGUGAGAUGGCGGAGUUGACUCGAACUCAUAUCUCAGAUGCCAUCACCGCUUCAGGAGCUCCCCUAGCAGCACUAUAUGAUCACCAGCGGCAGCAUGCUCCAGACUUUGUGAAACAACUAAGGACAAGAGCUGAAACAGAUAGGAAAAGUCAGUCUGGUUCACUUUCUCAGAGUAAAGAAGGAACCCUUGACUCUAAGCAUCAGAAAUUUUCCCCUUCAUAUGAUAGUUAUUCAGAGUCUUCAAGAUACAAGAAUCGUGAUAGAAGGAGUAGUAGUGGUAGCAGCCGUCAAGAAAGUCCUUCAGUUCCAUCUUCUAAGGAAAAUGAGAAGAAACAUCAUGGUGAAAAGAUGGCGAGUUCUAUUGAUGAACAGGUUCAGACUGCUGCUGAUGAUUCUUUUCGAAGUGAUAGUGUACCAUCUCUUCCUGAUGAAAAAGAUUCAACUUCUGUUGCAACAGAAUAUUCCCUGAAAUUUGAUGAAUCCAUGACAGAAGAUGAAAUAGAAGAAAAAUCAUUUCGAUCUUUACUACCUUCUGAGAGUCAUCGCAGAUUUAACAUGGAAAAGAAAAGAGGCCAUCAUGAUGACUCUGAUGAAGAAACUUCUCCAGAAAAGACUACCCUGUCCUCUGCCAAGGAGCUGAGCAUGCCAUUCUCAGGAGGACAGGACAGCUUUUCUAAAUUUACUAUGGAGAUGGUUCGACAAUAUAUGAAAGAAGAGGAAAUGAGAGCAGCUCACCAGUCUUCACUCCUGCGUCUCCGUGAAAAGGCCUUGAAGGAGAAAACUAAAGCUGAACUAGCCUGGUUAGAGCAUCAGAAAAAACAUCUGCGAGAUAAAGGUGAAGAUGACAAAAUGCCCCCACUCCGGAAGAAGCAGCGUGGUUUGCUCUUAAGGCUGCAGCAAGAAAAGGCAGAAAUUAAACGUCUUCAAGAAGCCAAUAAGGCAGCUCGGAAGGAAAGACAACUGAUUCUUAAACAGCAGGAGGAGAUAGAAAGGAUCCGACAGACCACCAUAAAACUGCAGGAGAAGUUGAAAUCUGCAGGGGAGAAUAAAUUGGAGUCUCAUAGUGAUGAUGAUACAAAGGAUAAUAAAGCAGCCAGUCCUGCUCCAACUGACUUGGAGACCCGCAGUCCUUCCCCUAUUUCAAUCUCCAGCAGUGAAACAAGCAGCAUUAUGCAGAAACUGAAGAAAAUGAGAAGCCGCAUGGACGAAAAACACUGCUCUCCUGUUCACUACUUCUUCUCUGUCUUUACGUCUCAUCACUGGGCCUCUCUCAGUGUCUGUUUUCCCAACCUUCAUCCCAAAUUCCAGCUGUAUAUCUACAACCAGUUGGUCAGGUUUCUGACAAAACGAGAGCAAAAACUAAUGCAGCGGCGACAACAUGCAGAAGAGCUACUAGAGUGGAAGCGACGUUUAGAUGCAGAGGAAGCAGAAAUUCGUCAAAUGGAAAAACAAGCCUUGGCUGCCUGGGACAAAGAAUUGAUAAAACCUAAAACUCCUAAGAAAGAGCUGGAGGACCAGAGAGCUGAACAGAAAGAAAUAGUGAGUGAAACAGAAUCUCCAGUACCUUCCUACUCUCAUCUACACAGUGAAAGCUCUAUUCCAGAAGAACUGGGCAGCCCUGCUGUUGAGUAUAUACCAUCUGAGUCUAUAGUUCAGGAGCAUCCUGGGAGUCCAGAUCAUAGUCUACUUACUGAAGACAUGGUUUUUUCACAAGAACUAGAAUCUUCUACCUCGCCUAGUAAACAUUCACCUCCCAAGAGCUGCAUGUCUGUGUCAAAGCAAGAGUCUAGCAAAGGAAGUCAUAGGACUGGAGGACACGGUCGUCUGCCCGUCAAGUCCCAUCAACAUUGUUAUAGUUGGUCAGAUGAGUCAUUAUCUAUGACACAGUCAGAAACUACAUCUGACCAGAGUGACAUUGAAGGUAGAAUCAGAGCCCUGAAGGAUGAGCUGCGGAAAAGAAAAUCAGUUGUGGACCAACUAAAGAAGGAACAGAAAAAAAGGCAAAAGGAAAGACUCAAAGCCCAAGAAGCCAGUCUGAUCAAACAAUUGGAGUCAUACGAUGAAUUCAUUAAGAAAACUGAAGCUGAGCUUAGCCGAGAUUUGGAAACUUCACCAACAGCCAAGCCUCAGAUUAAAACGCUCUCCUCAACUUCUGAAAAACCCAAGAUCAAGUCCCUUCCACUGCACAGAUCUGAAACAGCAAAGAAUUGGAAAUCACUGACAGACUCAGAACGAUCCAGAGGAUCCCUGGAGUCUAUUGCUGAACAUGUUGAUGCUGCAUUGACAGGUUCUGAAAGAUCAGUAUCAGAAAAAUCUUCAUCUGCCUACGCAAAGAAAAUGACUGAAUUGGAUGGUCGGACAGAAGAGCACUUUCAGACUUCUCCAAUUCUGAGAUCAUCAAGGAGGACAAGAGCUGAAUCUGGAGAUUCUCUAGAAAAUGUCCCUUCAUUAUCUCUUCUCAAAGAAUUAAAUGCCUCUCAUAGAAUUCUGGAUGUAUCAGGUGUCAAGGCUGAAGAAGAGUCUAGUCAAAAAUCAGAAAUACAAGAAGUAGAAUAUGCAAAAUUGGAGGAGAGUGCAAUUGAAGAUGCCUGUUCUAAACAGUCUAGGAAGGCUGAUGUCUUCCUGAAGCUAGACCUGGAACAGGGAGAUUCAUCUGAAAUUCUUUCAAAAAAAGAUCUUCCUUUAGAUUCUAUAAAUGUUCAGAAAGACUUAAUUAGAUUAGCCAUUGAAAAUCUUCAUAAUAAAGAAACAAAAGAGGGACAGUCAAAUGAAGAUAUCAACCAUAGUCCAAACAUCCAAUCAGAAAGAGAGACUCAUGUACAGAAGAAUAUAAAGAGCAGAGACUCAUCUUGGUCACAGCGUCUACUUGCAUCUAAAGAGAUAUCGUACUCUGAAGAUUUUGAUGUAUCGUCUUUCAAGAAAGACAUUUCAGCUGAAUUGUACAAAGAUAACUUUGAGGUGGCAUCUUUGUUGUCACUCAGGAAAGACUCUCAGUCUUGCAGAGAGAAGUUACAGGCAACAAGCAUCUCUAGAAGUAGAGCCACUAGCUUUGGUAGUGAUGAUGAAAUCAGCGAGUGCCUCAGUGAGAAAAGCCUUUCUAUUCAUAGCAGUGUCCACUCUGAAAGGCUGUUAGAACUCAAGUCCCCCACUGAGCUUAUGAAAAAUAAGGAGCGCAGUGAUGUAGAGCAUGAACGGGGAGUUACUGAAUCCCCUUCCUUGGCUUCAGCUUCUCUUGCAGAUGAAUUACUUGAUUUCCACAUUGGUGAUAGGGUAUUGAUUGGCAAUGUUCAGCCAGGAACUCUUCGGUUCAAAGGUGUGACUAGUUUUGCCAAAGGGUUUUGGGCUGGAGUGGAGUUGGAUAAACCUGAAGGAAAUAACAAUGGAACAUAUGAUGGCAUUGUAUACUUUGUGUGCAAAGAGAAGCAUGGGAUUUUUGCUCCUCCUCAAAAAAUAUCUCACAUUCCAGAAAACUUUGAUGACUAUGUAGACAUAAAUGAAGAUGAAGACUCUUACUCAGAUGAGCAAUAUCAAUAUUAUAAUCAAGAACAAAAAGAUACAGAGGGUCCCACGUCUGACAGAGAAAAGGAUACAAUUGAAUAUUUUUAUGAGAAAUCUCUACCUAGUGUGCAUAACACAGAAGCCUCAGUUGAUAGAAACCUUAAAGUAGAGACAGACAAUAUACAGGACAUUCCUGGGGUACUCGAAGCCCAUAUUCACCAGCAGAAUUCAGUGGACUCACUGAUGUCUUCAGAGGAAAACAAAGACCUUGUUUCUGAUGCCACAGAAAAGGUUUCUUCUGUUGUAGAAGAUGAUACUUUAGAUAAUACCUUUUCUGAAGAAUUAAAGAAGCAACAACAGUUGACUGAAGAGGAAGAGAACUUAUAUCCCGAAGUUUCAGAAAAGCUUUCUACCCCACUUCUGGACCUGUUAGCAAGAGAGAAGAACCAAUUGGAAGCCCAGCUGAGGUCAUCUGUAAGUGAGGAAAAAAAGUCAAAGGAACAGCUAGAAACAGUCAGCUUACUGACAGACAGUUUGCUCCAAGUGUUUGUGAAAGACACAGUCAAUCAACUACAACAAAUCAAAAAAGCUAGGAAUGAAAAAAUCCAGCUUAGCAAUCAGGAGCUUCUUGUUGAGGAUCAAAAGAAAGUACCACCCCAAGGCCUAUCCCAAAAUCUUGAGGAACAGUCACCAAGCGUUCCGGUUUGCUUCUUAAGGUCUGAAUUGGAAGAUGAGAAAGAGGAGAUUUCCUCACCAGAUAUGUGUCCUAGACCUGAAAGUCCAGUAUUUGGUGCCAGUGGGCAGGAAGAGCUUGCUAAGAGACUUGCUGAACUUGAAAUCAGCCGGGAGUUCCUGAGCGUGUUAGGAGAUGAUCAAGACUGGUUUGAUGAAGACUUUGGUUUGAGCUCUUCUCACAAGAUCCAAAAAAACAAGGCCGAAGAAACAAUUGUACCUUUAAUGGCAGAACCUAAAAGAGCUCCAGAAAAGCCAUGUGAAACGUUACUGGCAGUCCCACAUACUGCAGAGGAAGUAGAAAUUCUUGUACAUGAUGCAGCAGAAGAACUUUGGAAAUGGAAAGAAUUAGGUCAUGAUCUUCACAGCAUCAGUAUUCCUGCAAAACUGCUUGGCUGUGCCAGUAAGGGUCUAGAUAUAGAAAGUACUAGUAAAAGGGUGUACAAGCAGGCGGUUUUUGAUUUAACAAAAGAGAUUUUUGAGGAAAUAUUUGCUGAGGAUCCCAACUUGAAUCAGCCUGUCUGGAUGAAGCCAUGUAGAAUCAACUCCAGUUAUUACCGACGGGUGAAAAAUCCAAAUAACCUUGAUGAAAUCAAGAACUUCAUAGCAACUGAAGUACUCAAGCUAUUCAGUCUUAAAAAGGAGCCAAACCACAAAACAGAUUGGCAGAAAAUGAUGAAAUUUGGAAGAAAGAAAAGAGACCGAGUGGAUCAUAUCCUGGUACAGGAGCUUCACGAGGAGGAGGCCCAGUGGGUGAACUAUGAUGAGGACGAGUUGUGCGUGAAGAUGCAGCUAGCUGAUGGGAUCUUUGAGACCUUGAUCAGAGAUACUAUUGAUGUUCUGAAUCAAAUCAGUGAAAAACAGGGGAGAAUGCUACUUGUGUGACAUCUUGCAAAUAAAUCGAACACUGAGUGCUAAUGUGAGUCCUGGGCCUUUCUGCCUCGUGAUACACACCCCAUCUCCAUCAUAGCAAGAGUGCUUUUGGACCUUGUACCUGUUCUUAAAGACUACUGGUUUGGAGUUCAUGGGACAGUGUGAUCUAUCUGGUAUUACAGCCUUUGCCUUAGGGACUGUCCACUGGAUUAAUCGGUGGUUUGGUGGGCAGGGCUGCACUCGCGAUGCUGACACACAGUGUAAUCCUACACCUCUGUUAGCGUUCCUGCUGGUCUCAGAUGAGGCUGAAAACACAGACUUACCUCUUAGCUUAGACUAGGGCAUCACUUCUUGAGUCUCAAGUCAAGCAGGAGAGGUAUAUAGAUGUGCAUCAUACCGUUUCUGAAAUGUAAUCCUGGUUUAUACCAUGAAAGUCAGAAAAUGGACAUUAUAGUCUCUAUAGACAGUAUUAAGCCCUGAACUGCUUUCAGAUAGGCAAGCUGGAUAAUGUGUGCCUAUUUCCCAUUGUGGAGUGCAUUUCAUUUCCUUUUGAAGAUGAUUUUCUUCCAUUAUUGCAGUUGAGCAGCACCAAGUGGACUGUCAAGUUGACAGGAAUCAAUGGUAGCCUUGCCUUCUGAGCACCAUCUAAAGAAUUUUAAACUUGUGCAUUACGCUUAGUUUUCCUCUGUGGGCAUGAAAACAGAGAAGUGCCCUCACUGAAGACUGGGCUUACAGGACUGGUGCAGGGCUGGUUCUUCUACCCCUUGUCGACCCCUGCACUUUUCUUACUUCUUCUGAACCUCUACCAGCUGCUCCCAGAAUCACAGAUCCUCAGGACCAUCUCAGGCAUCCAGGCAUGGCAGAAGUGGAAAUAAUUCAUUUUUGGCCUUCAAACUUUCAGCUCCCAUUUCUCCCCAAGAAGUCAGAGACGCUGUUACUUGAAUGAUUUAGGAAAUGAGUGUGUGCACCAAAGACAAAAAGAUAACUGUCUAUUGUUUGUGUGCUUGUUUUGCGCUAUAGAACAUUUUUUUAAUUUAUUUUAAGAUAAAUUAUUAAGUUGAAAAUGUAUGUCCCUAUUCAGAAGUGAAAGAUUCUUCUUGUAAUAGUUAAACUUCCAUCUUGAAGCUUCUAUGGUUCGUAGUCUUUGCACAGGAAGCCUAUGGUUUUAACAAACCCAUACACCUGUCCAAGAAGGCAGUUAAAUUACAUGAGAAGAAGUGAACUUUUCUAAGAUCAUCUGAAAGUAGCAGGAAUGGGAUAAGAUGAUUUGAAGACACUGUAAAAUUCAAAUUCUGCCUCUCUUGCAGCAUUGCUUCUCACAACUAUUACCUGUAUCUGAAAAAAAAAUAUAUAGACUCCAGCUGCUACCUUAGAGCAUGUGUGAUGCUCUCCUGGGGCCUCAGCACCCUGCCUUCUUGACUGGUUUCUCUUAAUCAGUCCUAUCCUUCUUCAAGCAAUCUAGAAGAAUGUGGAUAAUCUUAGGCGUGAGUGUCAAUGCCUUAAUAUUGAAGGUCCUGAUUAGAAGCAUGAUAGAAGACAUCCACUGGAUUCAUAGUUAAAAUAUCCUGGAAUGGUAUACCUUCAAAAUACGUUAGGAAAACCCCAAAGAUGGUAUAAUCUUUUAGUGUGCACAUUCGUUCAUUUCUGCAUCUUUCCUCCAGACUUGCCUUUGCGUCUCAAAUGUUUCACUAUGCACACUUCCAUUCUCUUUGGUUUCAUCUUGUUAUUAUGAGAAACUUACUGAAAUAAUCAUUGGAAUAUUUGCAUUUUGCACAAGGACUGGUAUGAUAGCUCUUGACAAAUAGGAAAGCACUGAAAUGUUGUGAUAGGGUCUCGGGAAAUGCUCAGAUUGAUGUUGCCAGCAUUUCUUCUAGGCUUUUGAUGUUGAGCUCUAGUCUUGUAGCCAUAAUGAGCAAAUUGAUUAAGAGAAGCUAGGGGGUUAUUAACCAGUAGUGUGGAGAUAUUAUUUUCAUGUAGCCAAGGAAAAGCAAAGCCUUUUCUUUUCAGUUGUGUUGUUUGAAAGACGGAAAAACAUCUUGUCUACAUUCUUUGGCUGUUUGUAGGACUACAUUGUCCUUAUGAUACUGAAACUUUACAGCUGCUGUAAAUUUUUUAUAAGCAAAUAUGAAAAUAAUAUAUAGGAAUAUAGGUUGUUUUUCUACAUCCUCAUUAUUUGGACCUAAAUCAGUUUUUAAUAAAGUUUUAUCUUUAGUCUAUAUGACUUUGUGAUUCCAAAAAAAGGAAAAAAAAAGAUGAUAUAAGUCCAUGGAAUCAGCAUCCUGGACUUAAAGUUCCCUGGUAAGAAUGCUGCCAAGAAUCUGGCAGUAGCAGUCCCAACAUACUCCAGCUCUUGUUACUGUCUUGAGAAUCCUGGGUUUCCGAUGAGAGGCAGGAAUGAAUCAGUCUUACUCUUUGCUAGAAAUGAUUAUCCCUAGUUUGGUAGCAGAAAACAAGGGAAACUAUAAUCCGCAGAUUUCUUACUGUUGUAACUAUUUGGAUACAAUUGAAAAGGGGUUCAUUUGUUAGCAUUAGGAAUAACAAACAUGGAUACCCAGCCACUCGUUCCAUAUUGGGAUCUUUUUAAUCAAGCUCUGCCUCUUAACCAAGAAUCUAAAUACUCCCUCUUUGUAAUCUUUGUUCCUUCUCCCCACACUCCCAUCCUCUUUCACUGUUCAUAAUUCCUCUAAGAAAAAGAUCUUUGCAUCAGCAGUAAUAUCUUUUAGAAUAAUAGCACUAUCAGAAUUUAGCAGUAAACCAACCUAUAGGCUUCAGAUUUAUUUCUGAGUCCAAAAUAAUUUGUGCUAUCCAGGGUACUUCACUCUGGGUUAAAUAAGUACAGGGUAUAGAUUCCCUCUUCAGGUCUAAAUAGGAAUUUUUACUCUAGGGAAAAAUGGGAAGAGCUCAAAAGUAGUUAAUAAGGAAGGUAAUUUGUUUUUCCUUUACAAAAAGAAAGGAAAAUUCCUUCUGUGACUACAGGUCUCUGAGAAAUUAUCUUUCAAAAGAGAUUUCAUUGCUCAUAAGAGUGUUGUGGCCUAUUGAUAAAAACAAUUUUGUUCACUUUCUUGUCUUGAAAAAAAGUGGCCUUAGCUUUUUGCAAUACUUGAAUAAAGUGUAUACUCGCACAGCGUUAGAGACUCAUAACUUUUCUGCAAGAAGUUCAAACUUACAUCUUCUUUUACUACCUUAAGAAUACUAGUGAAUAAAACAUUAAUUCAAAGAGCAAAUGAUAGAAACUACAAUGAUGUUUAAUGCAAAUUGUAGAAAUUUACAUGUUUACAAAUCAUCUUAAACUGGUUGUGCAACAAUUCAAUAAGGUAUCUUUGUAUUAUAAAAAUGUGAAGAAAAAAUGUAAACUGAUGUAAAAGAGGUACUGUCAUUUUAAUUAACCUAUGUUUCAUAGCUUUUCCUUCUGAACUUUGCAAAGCCUUUCUCGGUAAACACAUUGCAAAGCGUCCCCUGGGAGGCCCAGCCUCCCUGUGUGUACUGUACUGUGCAGACAUGAAAAACAAACCCGUUUACUGUGUAUUUGUAAAUAGCCUGGUCAUCAGGCCCUUUUCAGCCAAUAGUCACAUCCAGUGCAACUUCGCACAGAAGACUUAGGGUGUGGUUUGUAAGUAUGAUCUGUAAAAUAACUGGGAUGAAGUCCCAUGUACACCUGUGUAAAUAGAUUUGUUAACUGAAAUGUACUUUAAGAAAAGAGAAAAAUCUGUAAAUAAACUGAUUUGUAAAUUAA